AUGAAAGAAGAACAGGCUCGACUUGCAGAAACGGAAUUCACCAAUACGAUAAGAAAUCUAGGCUACGUGUUUCAAACCGAAGCAGAGCAAAAGGAAUCGAUGAUUAGCCCAACGCCUGACGUUCGCUUUCUGGAUCCUAUACCCAUAUCUGGUCACCUCUGCUUUUGGUUGGAGUAUAAGAAUUAUUUUGGUUUUAAAGCGAAUCCGUUCAUAGCGUCACAGAACAAAACACAGCUCAAGAAAUAUAUCGCGAAAAUAGGGCCCGGAGGGGUAGUGUUUAGAUUAGGCUUUGAGACAGACCAUUUGAAUAUUAAGGGAGUCAAGGCCUUUCACGAAGAGGAUCUGUUACAAUGUUUAAGAGCCUCGAUAUUCAAGGUGGCAUGA